AUGAGUUCAUCAUCAAUUAUUGAACCAUCGUCAACUGACAUUGAAGAUGAUCUAACAAAUGUGAAUUCGACUACAACAGAAUCUCUUCCUAAAAUUUCUGAAAUUGACAUUCGAUUUACUAUAGCUUUAGCUGUACCUGCUGGACCACCUUUACCAAACGAUUCAUCUGUAACAAAAAAUCCGACAUCAAAAAGUAAACGAACAUCUGAAGUAUCAAAAGUACAAGGAUAUUAUCGUGUUGAAUAUUCAUUAUUACCUGGUGCACCAAAUGUUGCUUUUGAUAUUGUUGUUUUUCGAACAGCUGCAAAAAUUUAUCCUGAUGGUCAAAAAGCUUUUCUUAUACCGGUUUGGGAAGAUGAUAAUGAAAAUAUUUGGAUAGUUUGGACUUAUAUUCAUAAACUUGAAUUAAAUCAUGAACGUUUAUUAGCAUUAUUAUCACAUAAAAUUCUUGUUAAAAUAUGGGAUGGAAGAGAUUUUUGUACAGUACGUACAAAACUUGAUAAACCACGUAUUACACGUGCUGUACCUCAAUCAAUAAAUGGUGAUGAAGAUAAUACCCCACAGAAUAUAGUACAAAAUAUGGCACAAAAUUAUGCAGAUAAAUGGGUAGCAAAACCAUUAUUACAUAAAUUACAACGAAGACUACCUAUUCAUAUUCCACCUCCAACAGCAUUUUUGAAGAAAAAAAUCGAUGAUAUGGAAGAUGCACGACCAUCAACACCUGCAUUAUUAGAUGCAUUACAAGAAAAAUCUACAGAAAGUUUAAACGGUGAUUUCAAAACAUUAAAUACAAAUCAAAAUUUAAAUCCUGGUAUUUUAAAAAAAAGUCUAGAAAAAAGUGAAACUAAACCAGUAGAACCUGUCAGUCCCAAGAAAGGAACAAGAUCAUCGAAUAAACAAAACGAAGAAAAGAAAGCAAAUGGUACUGCUCAAAUAAUUGUACCAAGUAAUUUAAUCAUUGCAGGAUUUAAAAUGAUUACAUGCCGUCUUGAUGAUAAUCCAUUAUUACCAAAAGCUAUUCAAGAUUGUUUUGUUAGUAUUAAUAUUGAAGAUCCUCAAUUAAUGAAUGAAGUUCUUGCAAAAGAAUUUAAUCCACUUACAGUAACAAUAUGUUAUGUAGAAAAUAUGCCAUCAACACCAUUAUCAUAUUCUGAAUUAAAAGAAAGAUGUGAUCCAGUGUAUUGUUGUUAUGAAUUAUUUAAUCAACCAGCUCAUCAAACACUUAAAAAACCACAAGCACGCCAUAUAUACUGGAAUGAUUUUCAUUUAUAUUUAACAAAUUUAAUAAACGAAAAUUUAAUGAGUCAAUUUCGUAAUUCACCUUAUCUAAAUAUUGAACUUCAUGAUCGAGAUGAAUGUGAACAUAUUCGACGACGUGUUGCUAGUGUAUUUGGAUCGGAAAGUACCGAUGAAAGCAUUGGAAAAGUGUCCGGUAAAUUAAAACUUCAUAAUUCAAAAAAUGAUUCAAAUUGGAAUCCACAUGGUUGUGUUAAAAUAGAUUUAUCCGAACUUUGGCUUGGACAAACAUCACUUGAAUUUUAUAUUCCAGUUGUUCCAUGUCAUGCACCUCAACUUCUUUCAGGCCGAGCAUCAAAUGCAAAUCAUACAUUAUCCGAUGAACAUACGUAUAUACAACAAGGAGAUUUUCUUUCGAGUGGUACUCAAAUGAAAAUUCUUGUUAAAUUAGCUAAACCAUUUGUACCACCAGUUGAACAUCGACUAUUAGAUGAUCGAGAAUUACGAACAACAACUGUUGCACCAUUUAAUCGAAUUGUUUUCAUAUUUCCUUAUAAUAAUAUGACAUUUUUAACUGCUCUUCAAACUUCUAUUCGAAUAAUUAAUGCAAAAGCUCUUGACUUUGAAAAUGAACCAGCACAUAUACAAGUAACUACUCUUUCAACAUAUAAAUUAACUGACACUCAACAAGCGGAUCCAAAUCUAAAUAUAAUAACUGGUUUCCAUUUAUUCGAUGAUGAUCAACAUAUCUUUAUAUUGGAAGGCCGAAAAGAAGAAGCAAUUGAUUUACUUUUUGAAACUGUCCCAAAACCUAAAGGACAAAAUAUUGAAAUUCUCUAUGAUUCUUCCGUACAUUUUAAUGAACGUCUUUAUGUUAAAUUUGGUAUUGAUAUAAUGCAUAUUAGAUUAUCACGAACAUUACGUAAUAUUGUUUCUCAACCAUUAAUAUUCCUUCGAGAUAAUCUUACUAAAGAAACAUUUGAAGCACUCGAUAAAUUACACAAACUUGCUCUUGUACAUAAAUUAAGUUCAUCGGCUCGAUAUAAAUUAUUUCCAACUAUGGAAAUGGUUACAUCAAUAAAUAAGGAUUAUGGUAUACCUUUAACCGAAAAUGAAAUAAGAUUAUUUGCACGUGAUGAUCGAUUACCACCAUCAUCAGCACCACCACCAUCGCAACGACCAUUAUCCUCAACACAAGCUGAAGAAGAUAAUAAUAUUAUUCAAAAUACUUAUAGUUCAAAUAAUGUAUUCAUUCGAGAACAACCACAACGAUCAAUGGAUGAUACUCAAUUACCGGAUAUAAAUUUUCUAGCAAGAAAUAAAGAACGUAUUCGAUUGGCUAGUUUAAAAAAUAAAGAAAAUCGUCCAACUGACGAUAGUGUGGCAUUCGUAACAUCAGGACCUAUUUAUCCAUAUAGUACACAAAAAUUAAAUUCAGCUGAAAAUGCACUUGAACAAAUGCGAACAUAUCUUAAACAAAAUCAUCCUUCCGCAUCCUGUUCAUUUAAUCCUGAAUUUCCAACGCAUGCUUAUUCUGCAUAUUCCAAUGAAGAAUCAUCAAUGGAUUUUCAUCGAAAACUUCGUAUACCAUUUGAUUUUAAUGGAACAGAAAAAGAUAAAUAUUCGGAUAAAACAUUACCAAGUUGGGUUAAUUAUCCAGGUUAUCGUACAAAUCGUGAAACAAAUGUUCAUUCUCAAUUACCUGAUCCAUAUCGACUUGUCGAAUUAUCAAAACCAAAAGAAGAAUGGUAUGAACCAAAUAUAAUUGAUCAUCAAUCACCUAUUCAUGAUCGUAUACCAUGUAAAUGGGUUUAUCGUAAUGAUGAUUUUGAUCGAUGGAAACGUGCACCUCCAUUAUCUCGAAGUAUUUCUGUUCAUUGGCAAUCAACAAGUGAACUAAGUAGAUCAGCAUCAUUACCAACAACACCAACAUUAAUUGUUGGAGAUAAACGAAUGCAUUUCUUACGUCGAGCAGCACAUACAGAAAUGUUAAUGGAAGGAAGAACAUCUUCUUCACAAUUAGAUCGUUUAACUGGAUUACUUAAAGAUAAACCAGUCAAAAAAGGACUUCUAUUACCAAAAUCAUUUAAUAGAGAUAAUGAAUCUCAAUCAAUACUAUUUGAUACAUAA